AUGGCUUUCAUGCAAAGGCGCCUUCCUCCCUUGCAGCGGGUGUUCCUCAACCUCGAUUCCAAGAAGCCCGCUGCCUCGCAGAGCACACUCCGCCGCUGCCGCAGUUUCUCCGACUUCACGCCCUUCGAGCUCAGCGAGGUUACUCUUGGGUCGAGUUUCGAGCUUGGCGCGAAACCCUGCGUCGCACCGGUCUCCCAAGCUUCCGACGCCGUACGUGGGGACCAGCGCGGCCCAGAAAGCGAGGCAGAAGACCUGCCUGUGACGUUUCCGGACACGGACGACGAAGAAGCAGUGGCUUGGGUUGAGGCGCAAUCCGCCAACACGGUGGCUCCGCCGGCCGAAGACACAGCGAGCAUCGACGGCCUGUGGCUCACACCACUGGCCGAGUCGGCGGCCACAGCCAAGGAUGUGCCAGACUACAUGCCGCAGCGAGUCGCCGGCUUCCAGCAUGGCUUCUGCAACAUGCCGAGUGGCUUCACCAGCUUUCCAAACAAGGGCUAUGCCAGUGUGAAUUGCGGCAACACCAGCACGGCGCAAGCGUUUCACAAUGCAUGGCGCAAUCGCAUGCUCACCGCCCCGGCUGGGGGCUCGCAGCAAGUGGACAGCGUACGCUUGCAGGUGCAGGGCAUGCAGAUGAACAUGGAGAAGUGGUGUGGAAGCCACAUGCACCCAGACGAGAAGCCGACGGUGUCUCCACAGGUGCUCUCUACCUCGAUGGCAAGGCCGCAAACAAACCGCACGACUUUCCAGCCAAGCGCGGAGGAGCAAGUGACGAGAGCCCAGCGUACUGGCACCAUGGCCAUGAAGAAGGCAAGAGCCAUGAUGCCUGCUGUGGAUCUCCAGCCGACGGUUCCAAACGUCCGCCCUCGACGCGGGCGGCGGUUCCCAAGGUCCUCGGCGCGGCCUGAGAACCGAUCACAGGCUCGAAGAGAUUCGUAG